CUCACAGAGCUGAGCAGUCACUCCACUUCUCUGGAUGAGCAGCAGCAGCAGACCCGGAGUGGAGCCCGGAUCCUGUCGAGGGACCACAGCAAACUGUCCUGAGCCGGACAGCGUCCCCUCCUGUCUCCUGUCUCCUGCCUCCUUGGUCUCUGUCCUCUGCCUCCGGGUGGAGCGAAGGGCAGGGCACGCAGCCUGGGUCAUGAGGAAGCUGGUUCUUGCCGUGGUGACCGCCGGCUCCCUGCUGUGUGUCUACAUCCUGUGUGUGAACCUGGAGGAGUCCUGGUCCAUAGAACCUAUGAGAAACUUCCAUGGCUUCAGCCAGAAGCCCAACAGCAGCUCAGGAGCCUCUGAGGAGCGUCUGGACAGAAGGAGCAGCAGCUCAGGAGCCUCUGAGGAGCGUCUGGACAGAAGGAACAGCAGCGAGCGGUGGAGCCGGCCCUCCGCUGCCUCCACCCGUCACCCUGAGCUCUCCUCUGCAGCCGCUCCGCCUCCAGCCUCAGAGACUCAAACAGCCGCUCGCUCCACGUCCAGGUCUGAAGCUGUGGGGGGGGCCCGGAGCAGCACCACAGGCCCAACACCCCCCCGGUCCACUGAGUCUCCCUUCAUCGGAGACGCACGCUACCUGGGUGAAGACGUCCCUGCACAGACGAACUGCACUGACGGCUUUAGAAGCCGAGUCGCUCAGACACGAUUUGGGGGACGGUUUCUGAGGCGACUCCCGGUCGUGCAGUGGGCCAAUCACGUGAGCCGAGAGCAGUACGAGCGUCUGAGUCAGUACCAAGGACCUCAUGGCUGGGGGGGGGUCGACUACAACUUGGUGCUGGAAACUCUCUCCAUCCUCAACUCCUCCGCUAACCGGCAGAUGCUGGACGACUGGAGCAGCCGCAGCAACGGGUCGGCGUGUUCCCGCUGCGCUGUGGUGGGCAACGGGGGGAUCCUGAAGGAUUCUGGGAAAGGACCGGAGAUCGACAGCCAUCACUACGUCUUCAGGACCAACGGGGCGAUCCUUAAGGGCUUUGAGCAGGAUGUGGGGUCUCGGACCACCCACUACACCUUCUCCACCAACACCAUGAUGAACUCCAUGAACGCCUACGGACCACUCGGCUUCACCGGACCGCCGAUGUCUCAGGAAACCCGAUACGUCUUCCUGCCGUGCAACGAGCGGGACUACCUGCUGGUGAAGGCUGCAGCCACGCACGCCGCCGUGGAGCGAGGGUCUGAGCGAAACAAAGAUCCCAAGAGGUACUUCGGACAGGAUGUGACAGCGGAGAAGCUGAAGAUGUAUCAUCCUGACUUCGUCCGUUACCUCAGGAACAGAUUCCUUCGAUCCGGAACUCUGAAAACUCAAUACAAGAACAUUUAUCGCCCCACGACCGGCGCUGUGAUGCUGUUGGCGGCGCUGCACUCCUGCGACCAGGUGAGCGCCUACGGCUUCAUGACCCCGGACUAUAAGAACUACUCUGACCACUACUACGACAAAAAGCACCACCCGGUGGUCUUCUACGCCAACCACGACAUGGGCAUGGAGCUGACUCUGUGGCAGCAGCUGCACCAGGCCGGCCUCAUGAACCUCUACAUGCACAAGUGAAUUCAGGUCGACAGGAAAUGACAUCAUCGGGUCAAGCUACGAGCACGAGGAGGCAGGAAGUCGGUUCAUGAUUCUCUGAACUGACCAAAGUUAGCAAGUAGCAGAAGUUUUUCUUUUUAACGAAGGAAACUAUAUAUUUUUAAAUGUCAGCUGCUGUGAUUGUUCAGAAAUAAGAUUUAGUUAAAUCUGAAACGUUUUAAUUACAUGAUCCCAGAGAGCGAGGAGUCAAACUGGAUAAACAAACAAAUAUUCAAGAUCCCCAGAGGAUAAAUCUACUGAUUUCUCAUGGAGCGCCAUCUUCAGUUCACUUUUUUAAUUUUGAUUUUUUUAAAUUUGGAGAUUUUUAUUGGGAAUGAAAUAUCUCCACAGUUGUGAGAUCAUAGACUUCAAAGAAAGAUGGACGACAUGUCUCUACUUCCUAAAUUUCCCUCAGGAUCAGUAAAAUAUCAAUUCUAUUGGAUCAAGACGUCUUUAUAACAUCAGGUAACUAAUUAAAACCGACUGUAUCAGAAGCACUUAACAAACCUCAGGGUGCUGGAACCGCCUGGAAAGACCGAAGCUUUCAUGAGGGUUUGAUGUCAGUUUUUAAAACCAGUUUCCAUAAUUGUCCUCUCACUUCAGUUUCUAUCCCUGAGGUUGUAAUUAAAACAGGAAACAGGCGUCAACGUGCUCUCAGCUACAUCACAUGGGAUUGUGUCAUAUUUAAUAAUCAUUUAUAACCUAUUUAUUUGUAUUCAGACUGUAACCAGGGACCAGAGUCUUAAACAAUCAAUGUUUGGGCUUGAAUCUGUUUUAAAAAUCAGAACGUUUUCUUCCUUCACAAAUCACACACACUUUCUGUGUGUGUUUACUGUACGACGGUGGAUGGGAACACAAAUCAAACCUCUGUGAUGGUGAAGCUUUCUGGGACCUUUGGCUUUGUUCACUUUUAGGGACUUAACUUAUUUUUCUCUGGUUUUUCCUCUUUUGAGCACGUUUUAAUACGAGGUGCCUCAACGGGACGACCCACACUUCUGUGCCUUCUUAAUGUGAAUCAGUAACUGAGGUGUUGAUUCAGGACGUUUCCACGACGACGGCCGCGGCCUUUUCUCUGUGUUUGGAGUUGGAGGCCGUUGCCAAGGACUCGUCUGGAGGAACGUGCUCGUUCACCUCACCUGGACGCCGCUCUGAGCCGGGACAAUGAAGGUCCAAGUUCAUCAUCUCAAACUGAAUUCUAUCAUUUAAUAGAUGUUUUCAUGAUGUUCGAAGCAUUGACGAGAAACUGUAAAUCUGAGGGAAGAAACCAAAGACUCACUGGAAAUCAGGGGAUCAUUUGAAAUGUAUUUUAUAAGUAAAACAUGUGAAAAAACGUGUUUUUACGACGUGUCGCGGGAUGAAGGGGAAAGCUUUGUUGUGCAAUUUCAGAUUUUUAUUAUGACCUUUUUUUAUAAUCUGUAUGAAAGUAAACUGUGAUUUUAUCUCUG